ACGCCCUAGGGUGGGGAGAGGACGCCGGUGCCUCCGGGUCUCGGCUGGGCCGCAAAGGGCGGGGCCUGGGCCCGGCGCGGGCCGGGAGCAAAGGCCGAGACCCUGCAGGUGUGUCGAAGGCUUUUGCGGGCGGGCAGCGCCUGGGAGGCGGGGUCUCGAGCCUGGAAGCCGCCUCCUGGCCCCGGAGCGGCCUCCGCGGAGGGCCGGGGGUGGGAGCAGCCUGGCGGGGAGGUUGGCUAUUUGCGCUGGCGCUCCUGCCCGGAAAGGCGUUUGCGCGACCUGCUUGAGGGGCGGCCAGAGGAGGCCUGCGGUGGCUGGGCUGCGGGCGCCGGGAGCAGCCGCAUUGUGUGACGUGACUGGAUCCGCCACGUCAGGCGCUCUGGCCGCUGCAGACGCGGCGCUCGAAAGCCGCAGGGACGUGGGCUCCGGUCCAGCGUCUGUAGGUGGUCCCAGUGCGGCUUGACGCCCAUCUGGCAAAUGAUGGGGGCCUUUGGGUACUAAAUAGGGUAGUAGAUGUAAAGUAUGAUACAGGACUCAUUAAAGAAAACAGAAACAUAAUUUUCAAAACAGCCAAUAGGAAAGAAAUGUGUAGAUUCAAUCAAAAAUGUCCCAGGCUCAUCAAGAUGAAUAUCAGAGUCAGAAGUGGACAGGUGAUUCCUGGGGCUGCCAGCUAAGGUCCCUUAUGAUUUCUGCUCUGGCUUUGCAGUUUUCAGCCUUUCCCAAGAGCAGCAGAAAAUGAACAAGUUCCAGGGACCUGUGACAUUAAAGGAUGUUACUGUGGAAUUCACCAAGGAGGAAUGGAAGUUACUGACCCCUGCUCAGAGGACUCUGUAUAAGGAUGUGAUGCUGGAAAACUAUAGUCACCUGGUCUCAGUGGGUUACCAUGUGAAUAAGCCAAAUGCGGUAUUCAAGUUGAAGCAAGGAAAAGAGCCGUGGAUAUUAGAAGUAGAAUUUCCACAUCGGGGCUUCCCUGGUGAGUUAGAAGAAAUUAUAUCCCAUGUUACUGAAGCCCUAUGGAGCAUUCAUGAUCUAGAAGCAAGAUACCAGGAAAGCCAACCUGGAAAUUCAAGGAAUGGAGAACUCACGAAACAUCAGAAAACUUGUACCACAGAGAAAGCCUAUGGAUGUAAGGAAUGUGGGAAGUACUUCUGCCAGAAGUCUGCCCUCAUAGUACAUCAGCAUACUCACUCAAAGGGCAAAUCCUAUGACUGUGAUAAAUGUGGGAAAUCUUUCUCUAAAAAUGAAGACCUCAUAAGACAUCAGAAAAUUCACACGAGAGAUAAAACCUAUGAGUGUAAAGAAUGUAAGAAAAUAUUUUACCACCUAUCAUCUCUCAGUAGACAUCUGAGAACCCAUGCAGGAGAGAAACCCUACGAAUGUAAUCAGUGUGAGAAAUCCUUCUACCAGAAACCACAUCUCAUAGAACAUCAGAAAACACACACAGGGGAGAAACCUUUCGAAUGUACUGAAUGUGGGAAGUUCUUCUAUGUGAAGGCAUACCUCAUGGUACACCAGAAAAUACACACAGGGGAGAAACCCUAUGAGUGUAAGGAGUGUGGGAAAGCCUUUUCCCAGAAGUCACACCUCACAGUACAUCAGAGAACACACACAGGGGAGAAACCCUAUAAAUGUAAGGAAUGUGGGAAAUUCUUCUCUAGGAAUUCACACCUCAAAACUCAUCAGAGAACUCACACGGGAGAGAAACCCUACGAAUGUAAGGAAUGUAGGAAAUGCUUCUACCAGAAGUCAGCCCUCACAGUACAUCAGCGAACUCACACAGGGGAGAAACCCUUUGAAUGUAAUAAAUGUGGGAAAACCUUUUACUAUAAAUCAGACCUCACUAAACAUCAGAGAAAACACACAGGGGAGAAGCCCUAUGAAUGCACAGAAUGUGGCAAAUCUUUCGCUGUGAAUUCAGUCCUCAGAUUACAUCAAAGGACUCACACAGGAGAGAAGCCCUAUGCGUGCAAGGAAUGUGGGAAGUCCUUUUCUCAGAAGUCACAUUUUAUUAUACAUCAGAGAAAACACACAGGGGAGAAGCCCUAUGAGUGUCAGGAGUGUGGGGAAACCUUUAUCCAGAAGUCACAACUCACUGCACAUCAGAAGACACACACGAAGAAGAGGAAGGCUGAGAAGUAAGAUGAGUUGGGAAAUUCUCUUGACUGAAUUCAUCCUUCAAAACAAUCAGAUAAUUCACACAAGAGGUACACCUUAUGAAUCGCAUCAAUAGAGGGAAAUUUUCAGCUACAAUCUUUGCUCUCUCUGUGUAUCAGCAAAUACAUAGAGAGAUUCUGUACAUUUAUUUGGGAGAAAAUUUUAUCAUAUUGUAGGCUUUUCUAAAUAUUAGAUACUAUAGAUGGCAGAAGUCAUGCAAAUUGUAAAACAGGAAAGAAACCUUUCAGAAGUCAUACUUUUGUUUUGCAACAUAGCAAUCACACAGGAGAAAAAUCCUGUAAGUAAAAUGAAUGUCAAGACAUUUUCUGUCAGGGCAGCCAGCUGUAGACAUCCAAAAGCUCAUGAGUGAGAAGCUCCUUGAGUAUCCAGAAAUCUCUUUACACAAUUGGAGCUCAUAUACUAGAGAAUUCAAAAGGAUAACUGCAAAGACAGUGGUAGAUAUAGAAGCCUUUAUUAAGAAUUGAUGUUUCAUUCAAUGUCAGAUCACUGGUACUUGGGUAGAUAUUUUAAAUAUUUGGAAGGUGUUCAACAAAAAUUCAAAUAAUUUGUACUGAGGGAAACAGUUAUACUAGAAAUCAUGUUGCAGAUCUGAUGCCAAGAUUGUUCUAUUUUAAAAGGAAACCUGCAAAUGUCUACAUAUAUGAAGCUUUUAAAAAGCACAAAUUAUCAGGCAACAUCAUUAAACAUACAUUAAAUGUCUGUUAGUAUAUAGGAUUUUGUGUGUAUGUGAGUGUGCUAUGACAUGUAACUUGUGGAUGUUCAAUGUGCAUGUGGAAUCCAUCCAUAAUUGUACAUAGCGAAAUAAUGUAAUCUUAGUUCAGUAACUAUUAUGUGUAUGAAGAUGUUGCACAUUAAGCCUCAGUAGUGACUCGUUAAUAUUUGUAUUGUAAGUGUAAUAUUCCUUUUAAAUUAUAAGGCAUCUUUUUAUCCUUUUUUUGUGUUUGUAAAGAGAUAUAGACAGUGGUACUAAACUCAUCCUUCAAAAAUAAGUUAAAAUGUUUUUGUAAAAUUUUCAAAUGUCAGCCAAGUUUUGCAUUAGGGACACAUUUAUAUAUAGCAAAAGCCUGAGCUGUUUUUAAACAGCUAAAAACAGUAAUAUUUAUUACAAUCUACACAAUGAAAACAGUGCAAUGUAAGAAAUAUUAUGUAUCUUACUGUUGAUGUGUGAGCAGGGAGCAGAGCUAUCUGCAUUUAUAUUUUGUGUGAGAGUCCUAAAUGUUCUUCACCAACUUUUUCUUCCUCACAGAAGCAACAUGACAUAGUUAAGGGUGUGGACUCUGGGCUCCUGCUGCCUGGGCCCUGAUUCCAACAUGGGGCAUGCUACUUAAUAUCUCUGUGCCUCAGUUCCCAUCCCAUAAAAGAGUAGUGAUAGUGACAACAUCUUAGGAUUGCUUUGAAGUCUAAAUAAGUUAACAUUUUCAAAGCACUUAGAAUAGUGUCUGAGACACACGAGCUGUAUGUUAGAGGUUAUCAUCAUUAUUUGUAUUUUGUGAAUUAUACUGCAAAAAAAAAAAAUGUUGACUACCCAACAUUCAUCCCCCACGUUCUUGCUGCCAGUGCCUUGAUUUGGUUGUUUGUUGUUUGUUUGUUUUCCUGCAAGUGAUUUAGGGGCAGAUCCUGACUACACUAAGUCAGGGUUUGACAAAUGACAGUCCAUCAGACAGAUAUGGCCCACUACACAUUUUUGUUUCCUGCAAGCUAAGAAUGGUUUUAUAUUUCUAAAUGGUUGAAAAAAAAUCUAAGAAUAUUGUGACACAUGAAAAUUGUAUGAUAUUCAAAUUUCAGUGUCUAUAAAUAAAGUUUUGAAAACAUGAAUACAAACAAAAAACAUCCGUUUAUGUUUGACCUGUGGCUGUCUUUGCACUACCCCAGCAGGGUUGAGUAGUUGUAGCAGACACCAUAUGCCCUUGAGCCUAAGAUCUAGCACUUUACAAAGUAAGUUUUUCUGUUACUUAGAGCUGAAAAUAAAAGCAAUGUAGAGUUACGCUUUUAUAAAUAUUUCAUGUUUCAGAAAUGAUGCAUACAGCAAUUUGUAGGUGGGUGGUUUUUUGCAGUAUAUUUAUUUUGUGCAUUAUAUUUAUAUGUUAAGAGCCUGAGCUUAGAAGUAUUUUUUCAAAGAAAUGUGUUUUUUACUUGCUAACUUGUCAUAACAUCAAAACAAGAAAUUUCUUGAUGGAAUGCAGCAGUAAACAUAUGAAAUAAACAUUGUUUAAAUUAAA